UGCGUAUGCAUAAACAUUUCAUUGAAAUUUCGUUUUAAAACAUGUUGAUGAUACGUGUGUACGUGUAUGUUUUGUUUUGUUUUUUUAACCCUUCCCUUCCAGUCCUGUGUAUUGGUCACUUAACCUAGCCCUUGCCACUCUUGGAAUCAAUCCAAGGCGGAAGCGCGGUAAGGACUAGGCAGCGGGGGUUAAGCUACUUGCCCAGGGACACACAGCUAGAAGUAUGGGAGUUCCAAUUUGAAUCUAGGACCUCCCGCCUCUGGGCCUGGCUCGCUGCCCCCUAUGUUUGUUUUAAACAUAAUUUUUAAUGAAAUCCUUUUCUUUUAGCCAGAAUCCCUUCUUUGGGGACACGUUGUUCCCUAUAGUUUUCGUUCUGUAUAAUUUUACCACAUUCGCUUUGGUUGCUUUGUGGUGGUUCUCUCCAUUUACUUUGAGUUUUUAGUAGUCAUCUUAAGACCUCUAGAAGGGUGGAGAAUGGGCAGGAGCAGUGAGGCUGACAGAUUCCCCUUGUAUUCAGCUAGCUCCUAGAGAAAAGAAAAAGGAAAUAGAGGGUGAAUCUCAGGUAGGCAUCAGAGAGAAAUGCCCCAGGUGGCAUAUAUAUGUACAGUAUAUUUGUAUAUUUAUGUGUAUGUAUAGCUAGCUAUAGACAUGGCAUUAACCUCCCUCCUUUCUUUUACAGUAGAAAACUGUGACUAUGAAUGGAAUAUUAUAUAAACUGUCAGACUUGCUAGAUGGAUUAGUUAGUUCUAUUAAACUGCCUUUUUCCCCUCCCUUCAAAUUUUUUAGAAGAUGUUGCUCAUUGAGUUGGGAUGUAUUAGGAAUUGAAGGUGAGAAUAUAUCAAAAAUUAAAAUGCAUGUUAUGGGUUAAUGUCAGUAAAUCAAGUUUUUGACAGUGGUAUUCUUUACUACUUGUUUACACUAUAUGCCAACUAAUGUAUGCUUUAGCUGCCUUUGUUAUCACAAAAUAAUUUGGACAUAUGAAUGAAUGAAUGAGAGGAGGAAAGGCAGGAAGAAGGCAAGAGAGAGAGAGGUAGGGGAGAGGAGGGGUGAGUACUUACUAUGUCCAAAACACCAUGCUAAAUACCAGAGGUACAAAAGAGAAUAGUCCCUGUUAAAAAAAGAUAUAAAAAAGAUAUUUUAUCAAUUACAUGCAAUAAAUUUCCACAAAAGUUUUCCAAAGUUAUACGAUCCAAAUUGUCUUCCUCCCUUCUAUCCCUCCCUUUUCCCAGAGCAGUCAAGCAGUUCGAUCUGGGUUGUACAUGUAUUAUCAUGCAAAAUGUAUUUCCAUAUUGUUCAUAUUUCUAAGAGAAUAAUCAUAUAAAACCCCCAAAAAACUAACAUGAAAAAUUACAUGCUUUGAUCUGCAUAUCUACGCCAACAAUUCUUUCUCUUGAGAUAGUGUUCUUUCUCAUAAGUCCCUCAGAAUUGUCCUGGAAUGUUGCAUGGCUGAGAGGAGCUAAGUCCUUCACGAUUGAUCAUUCCACCAUAAUGCUGUUACUGUGUACAAUGUUCUCCUGGCUCUGCUUAUUUCACUCUGCUUCAGUUCAUGGAGGUCUUUCCAGCUCUUUCUGAAAUCAUCUUGUUCAUCAUUUCUUACAGCACAAUAGUGUUCCAUCAUCAACAUGUACCACAGUUUGUUCAGCCGUUUCCCAACUGAUGGACAUCCCUUCAAUUUCCAAUUCUUUGCUACCACAAAAAGAGCAGCUACAAAUAUUUUUGUACUCCUCUCCCUUUUUUUUAAUCAAAAAGCGCACGUUUUAAUAGGGGAGACAGUACAUAUCAAGAUGUGAAAGGUUUUGACUAUAAAUCAUUUGGAAAGGUCCUAGAUGCUUAGGAAUAUAGCAACCUCACUUCUUUCAUGUCAUUUCCACCGAUAAAAUAUCAUUUUCUGAUAUUGAACCAUUUGAUAGUACCAAGGACUUUAGUGGCAAGACUUUCUUUCUUGGGCAUUCAGUAGCUGUGGCUAUCUAGCCCUUGCUGCCUCCCCACAGGGGUUGUUUCCUGGGGCAAUGGCUGAAAAUACUAGGUUGGAACCACUGUUAUUCCCAAGGCUUUGGGGCUGUCUCCAGCAGGGUCUGAGGAGAGAUGGCCACUGUGGUCGAGGAGGCAGCAGUGAUGAUUCAGCGGGCACCCCCUGCAUCGUCUCUCAGCUUGCCCCUUGCCGCUCCGGUGAGGCUGGCUUGUUUUCCCUUUGGAUAGAGAUGGCUGGCUCCUUCUGCACAGGAGUUUCUUCUCUGUAAAGGUUGACCUGGAAGCAGGACUAGAGGGUCUGGGGGUAGGACAGCGGGAUUGGGUGGUACAGUAGACUGAACGCUAGGCCUGGAGCCAGGAAGACCCGAGUUUAGCUCUACAGACCUUUACUGACUGUGAUCUUGGACGAGUCGCAUAACCCUGUUUGCCUCAGUUUCCUCAUCUAUAAAACAGAUAGGCAGCUAGGUGGCUGAAUUCACCUAGGGGCUCAGACACUUAUUAGCUGCAUAACCCCAGGCAAGUCUCUCAACCUCUAUUUGCCUUAAUCCACUGGAAAAAAGAAAUGUCCCACUCGUGUGUUUGCCACGAAAACGCCAUGGACAGUGUUGGUGUGCUGUGGUCCGCGGCACCCCAAAGAGAUGUCGCCUAAACGACAACAAUAAAGAAAAGCCAAAAGGAUGAUUAAGGACACGGAGCACGUCCUGGAAGGGCCUUCCCCUCAGAGAGAAUCCUGCUUGCAGAAGGGCCAAGAAGGCAGCCUGGGAGAUGGAGACGAAGAACUAGCCCUGGAGAGUUUUCAACUUUUGCAGAUUGAUACCGAGUUUGAGAGCGAAAGGGCCUUGCCCAAGGAUGGAGAGAUGUGGUGCUCGAAAAAUGUCUUGCGGAAACAGCGGCACUGGGAGAAGAUAGUUGCAGCCAAGAAGAGCAAAAGAAAGCAGGAAAGAGAGAGAAAAAAAGCCCGCCGUUCAGAACAUGCAGGCGGGAGCCCUCAGCAGAGCAAACGAGUUUUGAAAGCCACGACCAAGGAGAGGCUUUUGGCGGCCAAAAGCUCAGGACCCAGACUUUGCAUUGAUUUGAGUAUGACCGACCGCAUGACUAAGAAGGAAUUAAGCCGAUUGGCCGGACAGAUCCGAAGGUUGUAUGGUUCAAAUAAAAAAGCUACCACGCCAUUCUGGAUCUGCCUCACUGGAUUCACAACGGACAGCCCCUUAUAUGAAGAGUGCUUAAGGAUGAAUGAUGGAUUCUCUAAUUACCUUCUGGAUACCACCGAAGAAGACUACGUGACUCUAUUUCCUCUGGAAAGCCUCGUGUACCUGACGCCCGAUUCGGAGCAGGCCCUGGAAGGUGUUGAUCUAGACAAGGUCUACGUCCUGGGUGGACUUGUGGAUGAAAGCAUCCAAAAGAAGCUGACCUUUGAGAAGGCCCGAGAAACCUCGGUGCAGACGGCCCGCCUGCCUAUCCGGGAACACAUGGUGAAAAGGGCCAACGACAAGAACUACCACUCGGAAAUCCUGGCCAUCAACCAAGUGUUUGACAUCCUGGCCACCUACGUUGAGACGCAAAACUGGCCUGAAGCCCUGAAAAGAGGCGUUUCCCUCGGGAAAGGUUAUGUGAUUCCCACUGCGAUGGCCUGAGAGAUGGUCUGCGUUUGAUGAGCCGAUUUCAGAGUCGCUGAGGAGGGCUUAGCCCAAACCGGCUCCAUCCUCAGGAAAGGCAGCGGCUGAACUACUUGCCUUUACACUAUUUCUUAGACUUCAGACCCUGAAGGCAGGGACUUCUCUGUCUCCUAUUUGUAUAUUCGGGCCUAACAGCCCCUUGGGCACUAAGAAAUGUUCAUGAGAUUAAAUUGGACUUUUGCUUAAAUAUUUAUUUGAAUGAUAUGGAAAGUGUAUCCUUUUUGUGGACACUUUUCGUUACAGAAAGGUUCCCGGUGUUUUCCACGGGUGUUUGUAACAUGCAGGAUAACAGCUCUAAAGAGGAUUCCUUACCUGUCCUUGGAAAAGUGAAACCUUCAAAACUGCUAAUUCUAUCUAGAAAACCCCAUAAAAUCUUCCUCUUUUUGUCUUCAUAGCCUCUCUGCAGUUCUCAAGAUCUAGGGCUGGCCAUCCUUCCUAGUUUCUCAUCAGGAAGUUUAUUUUCAGCCACUAUCUUUGGGAACUUCAUUUGACCACCUGGUUGACUAUUUUUAAGUGAAUUCUUGGGGCUUCUCUGAAUCUUGUCUCUAUUCAUAACCUUUCAGGUGUUGAGUGAGGAAUGGAACAGGGUGUUGAUGCCUCUGCAUCAACAUUUAAUUCUUUGAUCUUUUGCUUUUUCUUGAUGGUAAAAACAGAUCAGCUAUGCAGAGACUGUUAACCAAGAGGGUGCCCUCUGCCCCUGGUGGCGGGAUGGAAUUUGUCCUUCCCAUGAGGAGAUUUAGUUCAAGUGGGCAGUUUGGGGAGGAUCUUCCUUGCCAGAUUUAUCCAGAACUGGUUAGAAUAAUCUUAUUUCUUGAUUAAAAAGAAAUCCUUUGAGAGGCAGUUAGGUGACUCAGUGGCUAGAGAGGUAAGUCUGGAGACAGGAGGUCCUGGGUUCAAAUUUGGCCCCAGCCACUUCCUGGAAGUCACUUAACCCCCAUUGCCUAGCCCUUAUGUGCCAGAAGUUGACACAUAAGAAAAGUGCCAGGCCUUUCCCCCAGUACUCAAUGCAUAAUGCCCCCAACAGGGAGAUUAUUGGGAUGAUGAUUAUUCUUAUUAUUUGUUAUCAUAAAUUAUUUAUUAUUGCAUUAUUUCAUAUGAAGAAAAGUAAAUUAAACAUAUAAGAGAUUUGUGGUUUUCA